AAAAUUUAACUUCACUUGAUACACUCGGUACAACACGAUUAUAACCGAGUUGUUGUAGACUGCGCUUUUCAAUUCAGCAACGCGCAACCUACGUCACAGUGAAGUAUGUGCUCUUCGAGUUAAAAGUGUUUAAAAAAUGGCUUCUAUGUUCACAUUUACAACAAAAUGUAAAUACAUGUAUCUUAUCGCAUUUCUACUUGGACUGUAUACUUGUGUUGAUGGAUUAACAUGCUAUUGUAGUGGUGGUGCUUGUCCAGAUGACAGAGAAAAUGGUACAUGUGUAACUCGUGGAUAUUGUUUUCGUACAAUUGAAGAAGUUUGGGAUAUUGAAGAUAAAGAAUAUGCACUUGAAUCAACAUACGGUUGUUUUUCUGAAGAACAAGGUUUACUAUCAUGCAAUGCAUACAGAAUACAAUCAGCACGUAAAAAUGUAAGCUGUUGUGUUAAUUCCAACAAUUGUAAUAAAGAUAUACAAUUUCCUGAAUUUCCAUCAAUAACAGAUCCAUCAGAUACUGUUGAUGUGUCACAAGUAUUAUUAGCACUGCCAUACAUAUUUAUAAUAUUACUACUUUUAUUAUUAAUAUUUUUAUACAAAUGGUAUAAUAAUUAUUUACACAAACAACGUGGCCAACCACUUGUACCAAAAAAUGAUACAUUAAAAGAUUUAAUUGAUCAAAGUUCUGGAUCUGGUUCUGGCUUGCCAUUACUUGUACAACGUACAAUUGCAAAACAAUUGCAAAUAUCUGAUUGUGUUGGUAAAGGUAGAUAUGGUGAAGUAUGGUUGGCACAUUGGAGAGGUGAAAAGGUUGCUGUUAAAACAUUUUUUACACUUGAAGAACAAUCAUGGUUCAGAGAAACAGAAAUAUACCAAACUGUACUUAUGAGACAUGACAAUAUAUUGGGAUUUAUUGCUGCUGAUAUUAAAGGUACUGGAUCAUGGACACAAAUGUUAUUGAUAACUGAUUAUCAUGAACAUGGCUCAUUACAUGAUUAUCUAUCAAUAAAUGUACUUGAUCAUUCAUCAUUAUUUUUAAUAUGUUGGUCAAUUGCAUCUGGUAUUGCACAUUUACACACUGAAAUAUUUGGCACAAAGGGUAAACAAGCAAUUGCACACAGAGAUAUUAAAAGUAGAAAUAUAUUGGUCAAAAGAAAUGGUGAAUGUGCUAUUGCUGAUUUUGGUCUUGCUGUUAGAUACGAUAGUCUAUCUGGUGAUAUUGAUAUUGCACCAAAUACGAGAGUUGGAACAAGACGUUAUAUGGCACCAGAAGUACUUGAUGAAACAUUAAAUACAUCAUCAUUUGAAGCAUUUAAAAUGGCUGAUAUGUAUUCAGUUGGUUUGGUACUUUGGGAAAUUUGUAGAAGAUGUCUUACCGGUGGUAAAGUAUCAACAGCUGAAGAUUAUGCACUGCCAUAUCAUGACGUUGUACCAAGUGAUCCAGAUUUUGAAGACAUGAGACUUGCUAUUUGUGUCAAAAAACUCAGGCCAGUUAUUCCAACAAGAUGGGAAAAUGAUUCGGUACUACUUGCCAUGAGUAAAAUAAUGAUUGAAUGCUGGCAUGGUAAUCCAGGAGUCAGAUUAACAGCUUUACGUGUUAAAAAGACAAUGUCCAAAAUCAACAUCGAUAAUGUCAUCAAAAUUGUAUAAAUAAUCAUCAAAUUCAUCAAUAUUUUUUUAUUAUUGUAAAUAGUUUUUGUUUAUUAAUUAAGUGGCGCUUUUUGUUUUUAAUUUUAAUGCAGAAUAUUAACUCUGUACAAAUCCCUUGUAAAUAAUUUAUCCUUAUAUUUUCCCAGUGUAUAUAGAGUCGCUUAGACAACAGCCAGAAAAAAGACUGAGUACUCAAGUUUUUUAAUGGACAAAAAUGAAAAAAAAAAAAAAUAAUAAUCUAGCUUUUAAAACAGUAAAAAAAAAAAAAAAAAAUAAUGAAAUAAUUAAUUGUAAAUUUACGUGUGACAAUGUAUGAUGAACAUUUUUUUAAAAUGUGAUUUAGUUAAUUAUAAUUUGUUUAUUUUAUUUUAUUUUUUGUUAAACAAAAAUUUAGAUAAUUUUUGUUUAUUUAAAAAAAACGUGUAGCAAUAUAUUUUACAAUAUAUAUUAUUAUAAUUAACAGUUUAAAAAAAAAAAGAAUAAAUAAAUCUUUAAUUAAUUUUGUUAAACAGCAGGAUGAUCAAGUCUCUUUAUAUUUUUAAAUUAAUUUUGGCAUAAAUAUUCUUUCAUUUUUUUAUUAAAAAAUAAAUUAAUAGUCCAGAAUUUAAAUUUCAUAAUUUACCUGUUAAAAAAAAUAUAAAUUUGUUGAAAAUUAAUUGUCAUAUCUAAAAUGGCAUCCAAGUACCAUGUGUACUUUAAUAAAACCCAUGAAAAUUAAAUAAUUUGAAAAUAAUAAAUAUUUAGUAAUUGAAAAAAUUAAUAACAAAUUAAUUGUUGCUAAAAAUGAUAAAUAAUAUGAAAAUUAAUUAAAUUGGACUCACGAUCAAUCGGCUCAUGAUCGUUUGUGUUGUUUGUGUCAAAUUAAAAAUAUGCCAUGCAUUUUUUAAAUUGACUGUUGUUAAUUAUUGUCC